AGUCACAAUUCAGUUUGGCAACUGACAUGUGUCAAAUUAGCAUUACGUGUAUAUUUCAUUGACAGAGCAUCGUUUGUUUUGUGCAUUAGUGCUAGAGAGUUAUUCAUGUUGAGAUGAUGUGUUUGCCUCAUUGCAAUUGAUACUAUUUGGCUUGUGCAAUUUGUUUGCUUUAAUAUAAAUCGCAUCAUUGUGACAGAGAGUGUGCAGAUUUUUUAUUGGUUUCCGGUUAAAAUUGACACAUUUUAUUCGGAAUCAUUUGUGCAAUACAUUGAGUCGAAUCAGUUGUUGCCACGUCGAAGUACUUGUUACACACACCGAGCACGGGAUUAUUUCAAUUGAACUGAUAAAAAUCAAUUGGCCGAAUAGUUUACAAGUCAAUUUGGAAACUGAUUGGAUUCUACUUCAAGUGAUGAACUGAGGCUAAUUACACACCGAAAGAAAAAUGCAUGAUCAAGGGAAAUUUAUCAUAGCCGCUGUUGGCAUUUUCUUCUCUUACUUUUAUUUCGGCAUUCUUCAGGAGAAAAUUACGAGAAGCCGCUACGGUGAACGUGAUGAGGACGGCAACUACGAGAAAUUUACAUACACCCUGACAUUGGUGGGCGUUCAGUGUUUGUGGAAUUGGAUUUUUGCAAAAGGUUUGACGCUCGUAAAGCCGGAGAAAGAGGAUAAAACGCAUUAUGGUUAUUAUGCCUGUUCGGCAAUCACCUACCUUUUGGCGAUGGUCAGCUCGAAUAUGGCAUUGAGAUGGGUGCCAUAUCCAACACAAGUGAUAGGCAAAUCAGCUAAGCCGAUUCCGGUGAUGAUUUUGGGCGUGCUCAUCGGCCACAAACGAUACACCAUUCAACGUUACUGUUUUGUGUUGACAAUUGUUGCUGGCGUCAUUUUGUUUAUGAUGAAAGAAGGCAAAGUGAAUGCAACGGUAGCUGCAUCCGAACAAAUGCUUGGCAUCGGUGAAGUGCUUUUAAUUUUGAGUUUGUCCAUGGAUGGAUUAACGGGUGCGAUACAAGAACGUAUGAGAUCAGCACAUUCACCCACUGCUCAACACAUGAUGAUCGCAAUGAAUGGAUGGAGUACUGCCAUUGUGUCGGUUGCCAUCAUUUUAACUGGCGAAUUGUUCGAAUUCAUCGCCUUUGCCAGUCGUUAUCCAUAUGUUUUGGUUAAUUUGGCUCUGCUAGCCGUCACCGGUGCAUUGGGUCAACUAUUUAUUUUCAUCAUGGUAGCUUCCUUUGGGCCAUUGGCCUGUUCUGUUGUUACAACAACACGUAAAUUCUUUACCGUUUUGUUUUCCGUCAUUUUCUUCGGCAAUGCAUUGACUUCACGGCAAUGGAUGGGCGCAGUCUUGGUAUUUGUGGGACUGUUUGCGGAUGCAGCAUUCGGUAAAAGUGCAGUAAAAAAGACUGACAAAAAUGAAAAAGAUAAAGAAAAAUUGCUCUCCAAUAAGUAAAUAAAAUACAGCACAAAUAGAAACUGAUUUGGUAUUUGAUGAAGAUUGUUUGUGGUAUUAAAUAAACGAUAGACAUUUCAAUAGAUAUCCAUCAUUACACUAAUCACAGCCUUUGUGGACCAAUUAUUUUAUAUUUAAGGGAAAAUGUGCUUUCUUCUAGAAUUUAUGAAUAUCAAAUCAGCUUCGUUUGGUUCAGUUCAAACCUAUAUUUAAAUUAAAUUUUAGUGAAUACAAAUGAUAAGCAACGAAACAUUUUUCAACCAAUGUAUAUUCGAUUAAAAUUCAUUUCAUAUGACAAUUUCAAUAGCAAGCAAAAUAAAAAAAAAAUAUUUAUAAUUUCUUCCGAUCGAAUUUUUUCGUACGAAGAAAACGAAAC